GAUGUCACUCUUGGUAUGCUUGCUGUGUACAGGGUUAUAAAGAGGUGAACCAUGACCAAGAAGCUGGUGAUCAUCGACACAGACUGCGGCAUAGAUGACGCUCAGGCCAUAAUGAUGGCCUUGGCGGCGCCCGGUCUGGAGGUCCUGGCCGUCACCUGCGUGUUCGGGAACACGGCGGUGGAAAACGUGUGUCAGAACGUCCUGCGGGUUCUCUCCGUCUGUGAGCGCCAGGGGAUUCCGGUGUUUCAAGGGUGUGCCGGUCCUCUCGUCGGAGUCGGUAAUCCAUUCAGUGACCACUUUGGAGGCGACGGACUUGGCGAUGUGAUUGAGGUGAAGGACCCUCGGUGGAAGGAGAAAAUUCAGCCAGAGCAUGCCGUCAACGCGAUGAUCAGACUGGCAUCUGAAUAUGAGAAGCAGGUCUCCUUGGUGGCCCUCGGCCCGCUCACUAACCUGGCGCUGGCUGUCCGGCUGGAUCCACGUUUUCCCCAGAAGCUCAGAGACCUCUUCAUCAUGGGCGGCAACAUGGAGGGAAAAGGAAACGUGACCGUUUGUGCAGAGUUUAACUUUGCGACAGACCCAGAGUCUGCCUACAUUGUCCUUGAAGAAUUCCUCUGCCCUACCCACCUGGCUACGUGGGAGUACUCAAGCCGAAACGCUCUGACUUGGGAGUUCUUUGAAGAGCUGAUCAACCAGGACGCCCCGGCAGCCCGCUUCAUGAAGGCGGUGACGUCGAAGUGCUGGGCCUACUCCAAAGAGACCAUGAAGAAUAAGAGAGACGUGUACUUUGGGCCCGGCUUUGUGUCUUACGAUGCCUACGCGAUGGCGGCCUGCGUCGAUGGCAGCACGGUGCUGGAAAGCAUCGAGUGCCCCGUGCGCGUGGAGCUGCAGGGCUCCAUGAGCCGCGGCAUGUUGGUGCUGGAUCGCACGAACUCCCUGAAGAAGAGCCACGCCGUGACCGUCAUGUCUAAAUGUGAUGUGGUUAAGUUUGGUCAGCUUCUGAUGGAGUCCCUCCGCACACCAUUGAAGAUGUAAGGUUUGGUGAUGUGACAGUAAAGAACGUGCAGCUGUGAGGUUUAUUUUUCUUUUGAUAAGGUCAUAAAACAGACCAAACAAAAAAGAUAACUUUUUUUUUCUGGACCCAGCUUUAUUCACCCAACAGAUAGCCUCACAUUUGACUUUAGAUGGUUCUGAUAUGCAGAGACAUUCGGGGUUGAAUGCGAGAAUCCAGGUCCUGUAGCUGCAAACCAAGCCCAAAUGGCACGUCACAAGAAAACAGUUCAGAUCAGUGAUUGCUAAUAUUUAUGCUCACGAUAGGUUGUAUUUACUUUCUGAAACGGGUGAGAAUGAGGUGACUAUACUCAUUCAAUAAAUUAGAAUGUUAUUGAAAAGCUAAUUUAUUUCAGUAACUCAGUUCACUAAGGUAAACAUUAAAUAGACUGAUGAUGUUUUAUAGCCUUUUUCUGUUAAUUAUAAUUUUUUCCACCUCCAGCUAAUAAAAAACACAGCAUUUAAGAUUAGUAUAUUAUGUCAGACCAAUAAAAGCCCAUUUGUUUCAUGGAAAAAUGGUUGCUUAAUGCAAAAUAUGUUUAAUACUGGCUACAAGUUUUCUUAAUCUCACAAGUGCCUUAAAAAUUUCUAUUCUAAUUUAAUAUUUAAUUUGACGGUAUAUUAUAGAAGUUUAGGACUGUAAGUGGGGAUUUGUACGUAGAGUUUAGUGGCUGAACUUUCCAGCACAAUAUUUCUGGGAUGCAUACGUAUUUUAAAUCAAACACACGGAUUUAAAUUACUUGUACAUAAAUCAAUAAAAUCUUAUUUUUAAUUUUAAA